AUGGAAAAUGAUUGUGCUCGAUUUGUCCAAAGAUGUCAUAAAUGUCACGUACAAGGAGAUCUGAUCAAAGUACCUCCUCACAAGCUCAAUGCAAUAAGUUCUCCUUGGCCAUUUGCAGCAUGGGGCAUGGAUGUUAUUGGACCAAUUGAGCCUGUUGCCUCCAAUGAUCAUAGGUUUAUUUUGGUCGCCAUUGAUUAUUUCAUGAAGUGGGUCGAAGAUGCUUCCUAUAAAGUUGUGACGAAGAAAGUUUUGAUUGAUUUUGUUCGCAAUAAUUUGAUAUGUCAUUUUGGAGUUCGUGAGUCUCUCAUCAUGGACAAUGGUGCAAAUAUUAAUAGUCACUUAAUGAAAGAGAUAUGGGAACAAUUCAAAAUUACCAACCGUAAUUCAACUGUAUAUCGUCCUUAA